UCUCUCCCUCUCUCUCUCUCUCUCUCUCUCUCUCUCUCUCAAAAACGUUCGAGGAGAAAACAAAACUGUGUUUUUGUUGUAACUAGUUUACAAAUGCAGACGAGUCGGUUACUAUCUUUUUCCUCUAACUCUCCGAGUUUCGGCAGCUUCUCCUCCACCGUUGACCUCGCCGCGAUCGCCGCUCGAGUCGUCGAAGAAUUCAGAGAUCAAGAAGAUACACCACGACCCUCCGACUCUCCCGAAGACAACGAAGACGAUGAUAACUCAGAAUUCGCCUUCGACUGUCCCAGCCACGUGUGUUCUCAACCUCUCGCCACCGCCGACGAGAUUUUCUUUAACGGUCAGAUCCGUCCUUUGAACCCGUACGGUAGUAAUGCUCCGGCGAAAUCUCAGCCGACGCCGCGUCAUCGUAGACCGGCGCUGAGGAAACUGAUGAGCGAGGAAUUACGAGAUCCGACGGCGGCUUCGAAUUCGUCGUCGGAAGCUGAAGAGGAUCUAAACGGUGUUCCGCCGGAGACGUACUGUGUAUGGACACCGAAACAACCGAGUUCAGGAGACGAUGGUGAUGAUCUCAAAGGACUCUCGUCUUCUCCGUCGCAGAGCAAGAUCAAAAGCAACUCAGCUGGAUUCUCGAAACGUUGGAAGCUGAGGAAUCUUUUGUACGUUAGAAGUAGCAGUGAAGGAAACGAGAAGCUCGUGUUCCCGGCGCCGGUUAAGAAAAUCGAUGAGAAAGAAGAAGAAGAGGAAGAGGAAGUGUCGUCAAAGGUGGUGGCCGGAGAAGGUGGAAGGGAAAGGGAGGAGACGAAACGACAGACGAAUUUGCCGUAUAGGAAGGAUAUGAUUGGAAUAUUAAGAAAUGUUAAUGGGCUAAGUCGUCAUUUACGUCCUUUUUGAUGCUGACGUGGCUCUCCU